CGUUCGGAAACGUUACUCGAGUACUCUUCCUCUCUUUUUAUCUCACUCUUGUAUUUCGCUCACUCUAACGCAACGGGUACAUUUGGGUAAUGUUUCCGAACGCAGCCUAAAGGUACGUUUAUAGAAUUUAUUUAACGAGACGGUAUGGUGACAGGUGAAAUCCCGAAUAUAUCCGAACGUGCCACGGAAUUAGCCGAAGUGUUACAGUUAAUCACAGCUGCGCUUCCUCGUAAAAGCCUCUGAUGAUGUCGACGUAGUCGCAUAGCAGCUGAAAAGAGUAAACGAUUUGAAACACAAACAAGCUUGACCCGUGGUCAGUGCUGAUUAUUGGACGGAAAAUUAAUGUUGCGUUCUAGAGAGUAUUGAUAAUUUUCUAUAAAAGAAAAAGAAUAAGAGAAAGAAGGUUCUCGUGACUGUCAAUAUUAUUGGAACAGAAUGCCAUGGAUUGCUGUUUUGCCAGUCCAAAUUAUAACUCACAAAUCACAGGGACAUUCCCUAAUGUCUCUAGUCCUGAAAUGUUUGAUAGUGAUAGGGAAAGUGAGGUAGAUGAUAAAAAAGAUACCACAUCAUCCAAUGACCAUGCGUUAGGAGCAAUUAGCCUUGAGAAACCUUCUCAAGCUGAAUUGGUUGUGAAAUCAGAUAAUUAUCUGCUAGCUAGAAUUAAUAAGUUUUUAAGUGGUGUUCCACCACCACCAAAACAUACAAUAUGUCAGAGCAAUUGUUCUGAUUUUUUACAACGUAUUCAUGAAAACCGUCAAUUAUUCUGGAUUGAUUGUCCAUUGCCAAAUGAAAGUUUAGAGUCUGAAAGGAAUGUAAAACCUACGAAUCAAGUGACUUCGGAAGUAACUAAUAGAAAUAUUUCUUAUCAAUGUACAAAGGGUCCUUCGAGGAAUUUAACAAAUGCUUUUAAUGCUUGUGAUUUAUCAAUUAAUACAGAUAGCACGAAAUUAGAUGUAAACAAUGAUAAUGGUAGUAGUGAUAAUUUAAGUCUACAGUACAAUCUUCCUGAGGAGACAAAAAGUUCAAUAAAUGGAAUGAUACAGACAAUUAAAGUUCCAUCAAUUGAGAAUAACUCAAAUGUAUUUAAAAAACAAUCUCCUCUCCUAUAUCACACAAUUAGUGAAGUCGAAACUACAGCUUUAACAUGGCCUCAGGCAUUCUCUCAUAAAUUCCAUGGCAUACACUACAACAGAAACAAGGCUAUGGAAGAAUUUGAGAAUUUAACAAUUAAAUUAUGUGAAAGGUACAUAGGAGCAGAAACACAGUCAACUUGUAAUAUAUGGUUUUCGAAACAGCCAACAGGAAGUCCGAGAAAACGAAGUUUACUGGCCAAGCGUGAGAACGGUCAGAGCCCGGGAAAAAGAUUGACAUACUUAGCCAGAAGACGCAGGACCUUUUCUAGUGCUAAUUUACAAGGAUUGGGCGUCACCGACAAAAGACAGUUAAUGUUACAGAUUAGGAAACCUAUAUGUAAAAAGGGAAAAAGUCCCAAGGGUAAGAGUUCAAGAGGUAAGAGUCCAAGAGGUAAAAGUCCACGGGGUAAAAGUCCACGAGGAAAGAGCCCACGAGGCAAAAGUCCGAGAAAUUCGGCACUGAAGAGAGUGACACGGAGAUUAACGUUGGACGGGUCGAGUCCGCGUAAAUCUAAGCUGGAAACUUCGAGACGCGCGUUAUUUCAAAGCCCUCCCACGGAUCACGCUGGUCCCAGUAAAUUAUUAAAUGCAAGCAAUGCGGAUACUCUUAAAAUCAAACGCGUUCUGUUCCCGCCGACACACAAGAAGGAAACCGAGUCCGACAAUACGGAACAGACACUCUUGAAAGAAAGCAGAAAAAGAAAGUGUGACGAGGAACUACAAGGACCACGAAUCAAGUGGGCGAAGAGUUUGUCUUUUGACUGCACGCACGAAUUAGAGAAUAGCUCGAAAGUUAUAUGGGAUAGACAUUCAUCGAGUAAUAUUUUAUUAAAGAAUGAAAUGUCUUUUAAUCAAGAAAGAAACGAACUCAGCGAUGUACACAGAAAAAAGUUACUUUGGGCAGUUGCAGAGGCAUUACGAAGCAAAGGCAUCGGUAUGAAUCAUCCGAGAUUUAAGCCAUACGCUGCGAAUCUGGCGCGCACAAUAAAAAAACUUAUGCCUGAUCUCGAAAAUAAGAAUAUCCCGCGGAAACCUGGUAGUACAAGCGAACGUAUGUUGAAAUUAGCUAAGCAUCACGUACUGUUCCUUAUAGACACUAGAUCAACGGAUUGACAGUUCUUGUCGAUACAAGUAGUAAAAUGUGGAAAAUUGUCCGAAAUUUUCUCUUCGGCGAAGUGGAUAUCAAGCGACUACGUAUGGUUACUUAUAAGUUUAGCCGACGUGUGUUUUACACACUAUGACUUUUAUUUAAUUUAAUCUAUAAAAUAAUCUAGGAAAGGAUGAAAUGUGUACCAUAGUAACAAUGUAAGAUCUAAAAACGGGAUUUGUAUGCUGUUACAUUCAUUUUGGAGGGUAUUAAAUAUUUUUUAACCAUACAAAAGCGAGAGCGUGUUUUUAAUAUGCAUAAUUUUAUUAGCUUUAAAAUAGUUAUAUAUCACAACUUAUAAAUAAUUAAUAAAAGUCGCUCUUUCGAAGUGAAACGAAAUUUGCAAUUAAAAAUUCGACAAAUUAACGCAUGUAUACAUACAUCAAUCACAUCUAACAUAUAGUUAUAUCUAAGACAGUGAGGACGAGUAAAAAAAUAAAGACUAAUCGCGAUA